AUGACCGAAGAACAAGUAAAAGAUGUUGGAAAAGCAUUUAUUCACCACUAUUAUCACACAUUUGAUACUGGAUCACGAGAAAAUGUUGCAGCUUUAUAUGAGCCAUCCGUUGGUCGAAUGGAUUUUAAUGGUGCAAAAACGGCUGUAGGUAUUGCGGAAAUAACAGAAAGACUUCGUAGUUAUACAUUUACAACAAUAACCCACACAGUAUCAACGAUGGAUGUUCAACAAACCUAUGAUGGUGGAAUAUUAAUUGUUGUUACUGGAAUGUUAAGAGCUGACAAUGAUCAACCAAUGCAAUUUACCGAAACAUUUUUAUUAAAGGGUGCAAAUAAUUCAUGGUUUGUUGUAAACAAUUUUUUUCGUUUAGUUUUUCAUGGAUGA